AUGACAGGGAAACGAUCACGAAAAGGCUGUGGUGAGUGUAGAAAACGAAGGCGUAAGUGUGACGAAGUGAAGCCGAGCUGCGGCCAAUGCGUCUCGAAUCAGCGGAGCUGCAAAUAUGAGUUGAGGCUUGUCUGGAGCCAGGCUGUACAUAACAGACGAAAUGGCUCAAGUGGUUCAAUAAAUUUCAGCGGCAACCUAGAACUCGGCACAGAACAGGAUAUCUCCGUAUCAUCAAUACCAGAGUCCCUACCAAAUGGCUUGGCACUCCCAAGGCGAUACAAGAAGCUGCUGCAUCAUUUUGCUGAAGGUGUUCUGGCAUCGUUGUCGAGUCACCCAACCAUUCACGAUGACUUUCGUCGGGGCCUUAUGCCCACCAUGCUCGAAUCUCCUCAUCUCCUCUCUGCCAGUCUGGCACUGUCAACCGCAAGCUUUGAGUCAAGGGGCAUAAUAGAAGUCGAAGGAACGAGCACAUCUCGAAUAAUGGAACACCUGCAAUCUUCGGGCCUACCUUUGCUGAGAUCAGCACUGGCACAAGGGCAGCAGAGCGAGAUCCUUAUUGCGACAUGUCUGGUCUGGUGCCUAGCGGACGUGUUUUCGGGCCAGCAGGGAAUGUUCAGGUGGCCUAUCCAUUUGCAGGGGAUAAAGGCUCUACUUCACGGUCGUCGUGAUUAUCAGAGAUUCGUGGCUGGGGACAACGCCUUGAGAUCUGCGAUGAAGCAUCUCUUCAUGCUUUAUCGGAGUCUGGAGACUCUACCGCACGUACCUAAAAUAACAUCAGAGAAGGCCAACUUGAUUGUUCCCACGAAUACCGCAUACAAUCAUCAGAUUGAUGGCUUUUUGGGAUAUAGCGAAGAGCUGCUCGACAUAUUACAACAAAUCAAUGCAUAUACACCAGGAUCAUGGCCAGAAGUCUCUGCUAUUGAUGCAGAUACCUUACUCGGCAAGCUGAACGCUAUGAUCAGGAGGGAUGUCAAGUCACCGCCAGGCGUCUCAAUCUCUUCGCUUUCAUCACAAUCAGGUCGCGACUUUGCGCUCUGUAACAAAGUCUUCCAACAAGCGACCCUAAUCCAGCUUUAUCGACAGUUAUAUGGCUUGCCUUCGUCAUCACAACCUAUACAGGAUGCUGUUCACACUAUGAGCGGAAUGAUAAGCAACAUGGCCCAAGGCGAGCCAUGCAACACAUGGGUCGCGAUGGCGAUGCCUCUGUUUACAGUAGGUUGUGAGGCUUACAAGGAGGAGCAGAAGACCUUCAUUCUUGACAAAAUCCACAAACUUGAGAUUUGUAUCGGCUCGUUGCAUGUCAAGGUGAUUGAGCAGGCUCUCAAAGAUGUUUGGAAAAUCAGAGAGGAUUGCAACGAUUUCGAGGGGAAUCUGUGUGCCAGUCACUUACUGGAAAACUUGUCAUAUAAUAUUGUUUUAUUUUGA